UCAUAGAAUAUUAAAUUCUCUAGCCAGAGAUCACAGGAAGGUAACAACGUUCGUUAUUACUCUCCUUAAUCAUAACCUCAAAGAUCACGCUUGUUAUUUUACGUGGAGUUGAUUUAUUUGUUUUUCAACAUAAUGAAACCAAUCAUUUUGCAUGGUCACGAGCGUUCCAUAACCCAAAUCAAAUACAAUAGGGAAGGCGACUUGCUGUUUUCCUCCUCCAAAGACAGCAAGCCAAAUGUUUGGUACUCGCUAAAUGGUGAACGUUUAGGCAGUUUUAACGGUCAUCAGGGAGCUGUUUGGUGCAUUGAUGUAGAUUGGACCACUACAAGAUUUUUGUCUGGGGCAGGUGACAACACCCUAAAAAUAUGGGACUGCCAGACUGGAAAAGAAAUAGGCAAUAUUCCUACCCUGUCUUCUGUUAGGACUUGUUUGUUCAGUUAUUCUGCAAACAUGGCGGUUUACACAACUGAUGCAGCUAUGAAGCAGCAAUGUGAAAUCUUUAUUAUAGAUGUUAGGACAGUUGACGAAAGCAUAUCUAAUCAAGACCCAAUCCUAAGAAUUCCUAUUAGUGGUUCAAGAGUAUCUUCUGUAUUGUGGGAUAAUCUAGAUGAAGUUAUUAUCACGGGUCAUGAAAAUGGAGAAAUAAAUCAAUGGGACUUGAAGACAGGAAAGCAAUUAAACAGUACCAAAGAACAUGAUCAUUUGAUAAAUGAUAUGCAAUGGAAUAAAGAUGGCACAAUGUUCAUUACAGCAUCUAAGGACCACACUGCUAAGCUGUUUGAUGGGGAUAAUUUAAUGUUGCUUAAGACUUAUAAAACUGAACGGCCAGUAAACUCGGCAGCUUUAAGUCCAAUCGCAGAACAUGUUGUGUUGGGAGGUGGUCAAGAAGCUAUGGAAGUAACAACAACAAGCUCAAGAGCUGGGAAAUUUGACUCUAGAUUUUUCCACUUGGUAUUUGAAGAAGAAUUUGGCAGAGUUAAAGGGCAUUUUGGUCCUAUUAAUAGUAUUGCUUUUCACCCUGAUGGUAAAAGUUAUUCUUCUGGAGGAGAAGAUGGUCUUGUUAGAAUUCACAAUUUUGAUUCAUCAUAUUUUGAAUAUAAUUUUGAUUAUUAGCAUUAAUUUAUUUUUUCUUGGUUUGUAUGUAUUAUACAAUUAAUACAUUAUCACAAAGACAACAAAGUUUUAUUCACAAUGAAAAUGUACUUAUUUA